AUGGCAAACCCUCCGCCGACUCCCCCAAUGUAUCGCGACCCUUGGGCGAAGAGGGAGGCUUGGCGCAGGCACCCGGUCUUCUCCCGGCGUGCGAUGUUCAGCAACCUCUUUCCUGGCUUUGGAGUCGCCGUCGUGGCCUUUACCACGUAUGUGGUAGUGGACAACAUGGUUCUGAAGGCGAAGGGAGACUCGCACUGA